AUGGAAAAACCCAAGAAGCCGGCACUGAGACGGCGGGAGACGACGGCGGCGGCGGCGAUGGACGUCAAGAAGAUGUCAUCUUCUCUCAACGUCUCCUCGUCCUCACUCCGGAGCAGCAGCAGCGAGCUGGACCACCUGGGCAGGGAGAGCUAUGGCGCAGCCCCCCAUGGCGCUGCAGGCAGGAGGCCAGCUGCCACGGUGAGGUUCGCUCCUACACCUACUACGCUCUCCUCCUCGUCGGCGGCGGCGGCGAGGAGAGCUGGCUCUUCUUCGCAUGUGGUGUCGUCGUCGUCGUCGCAGCUGCAGCGGGCCGGUGCUGGGGUGGCGAGGCCGGCGACCGCACGGCCGGCCUCCGUUUCUGGGCCGAGGGCGAGGACGUCCGCUGGGAGGAGCGGGAGCCUGCGUGGAGGAGGGUCGCCGGAGCUGGGGCCGAAGGGGUUGAGGCGGAGCUGGGGGUGGGGGACAGGUGGCGGCGGCGACGUGGAGGAGAAGGCGAGCGUUGAUCAUCGCCGGCCGCGUGAUGAUACCAUCGCCGUCGGCGAGAUUAAGUCUCAGGCUCGGAGUAACUCGGUUACAAGAAAGUCCCCAACAGAUCAGGAGAAACAGCAGCAGAAGAGGGAGAGCAAGACCAAGAUCACUUCCAAGACCAUGGCAAGCUCAGUCUCACCUCCAAAAUCAGCAGGGGAUGUUUCCAUGGAGAGGAGAAGCCCCAGCAGCACCGCUGCAACAAGGAAGACCACUGACAAGGCCCCCAGCAGCGUGUCACACAUGAACAACAUGGUCAGGGCAUCUCCUCCUCCUAGGAAGACGACACUGGCGACAAUGGGCGCCUCCUGGGAGUCGCUUCCACCAGAUCUCCAAAGCAUUGGACUGGAAGUCAUGUGUUACAGGGAUGCUGCAGAGGUUGCUGCUGUUGAGGCAUUGCAGGAAGCUUCUUCUGCAGAGAUUUUGCUCCGGUGUCUGAGUGCAUUCGCCGACUUGGCCGCCGUCGCGGCGGAGCAGUCGCCGCAGCAGACCGUCGACGAGUUCCUCGCCCUGCAAGCCACGAUGGCGCGCUCCUCCGCCGCCGCCCGCCACGCCGAGGACUGGCUCCGCGCGGCGGCCAGCGGCGACCUCGGCCACUUCUCCCUCUACUCCGCGUCGGCCCCCGCCCCCGCCGCCGUCUCCCGGUCCCCGCCGCAGCCGGGGACCGCGGCCGGGGAUCCGGACCACACCUCCACCGCGGAAGCGGAGGAGGGGGCGAAGAACAACACGUGGCUGGGGGCGGCCGCGAGGGAGGUCGGGGAGGAGACGCGCGGGUGGUUCCUCGGGCACGUGGAGCGGCUGAUCGACGCCGACGCGGCCGGGACGCUGGGGCAGCUGAAGCGGGUGAACGACUGGCUGGAGGAGGCGGAGGCGGGGGUGGGCGGGAUGCGGCCGUCGGAGGCGGUGGAGCGGCUGAGGAAGAAGAUCUUCGGGUACCUGCUGGACCACGUCGAGUCGGCGGUGGUCGCGCUCAACGGCGCCGCCUGUGCUCAUGGCCGCAGAAAAUAGGGCGCUAGACAAGCCCUGCAGGCGCCAUAACUAUA